AUGAAAAGAGCUUCAUCUUCAAUAGAUUCAUGUUCAACAAGAUCUACCAAAAAACUAAGAUUAACAAUGACACCAACCAAUGAAUCCUCUCUAUCUUCAUCAGAUGGAAUACCAAAUAGAAUGAGUGUGAAACAACCAAUCUCAUAUAUCUAUCAUAACAACCCACCCAAACAAAUCAUCAACAAUAACAAUUCUGGUAAUUGUUUUAAUGGUGUUUGUACUCCAACUUGUUAUUUUAAAGAUAAUAUUCCAAUAUUACCUUCACAAGGAAUACUACCUAAUAAAUAUUUAUUUGAAGAUGAUGAAGAACAAGAAGAUGAUGAUGAUGUGGAUGAAUAUGAAUAUGAUGAUGAAGAUAUAUCUUAUUAUAAAGCAUCUAUGAAUCAAGAUUUAUUAAGAAUAGAUCAAUUAAUAUUAAUGAAUUAA